CUCAUCUGGAAGGCAAAUUUGCUAUGCGGAGAGAAGAAAAGGAUAGUCGGAUGACCAAAGAAAAUUCUCCAGAUUCUCCGCAAUCAAGUCAGCAACAUGUGGUUCUCUUUUUUUCUGGGGAAUUGAACACGUCAAAGCUUCUUGAAAAAGAGGGGAGAUGCUGAGAUUUGGUUUUCGUCUAAACGCCAUUGACGCUUAGAAAAGUAUGUGUUGAAUACGAGUGAGUCUGAGCUCAGGCACACAGAGUCGAUGGUUUCUGCUUACUGUACUGUACUGUACUGUACAUGCGGGAUGGGAUGUCUCUGUCUCUGUCUCUGUCUCUGUCACUGUCGACGAUGCCAUGGACUUCCCCGGAAAAUCACAAGCGGGAGAGGCGUCGCUGUCUCUUGUUCCCUUUACCUCUCUCUCUGCCUCUGA